AUGGAAGGGAUUACCAUGAUCAGGAAGGGGAAGUUGGUGCCACUCUCGGUACAAGAACUCGUGGAUUGUGAUGAUAACGAUGAAGGCUGCGGGGGCGGGCUCGUGGACUGUGUCUUCAAGUUCAUUGUAAGCAAUGGUGGCCUCACGACUGAGGCGAACUAUCCUUGCCAGGGAAAUAAAGGGACCUGCAAUACGGCCAAGGCGGCAACCCCCGCAGCCUCAAUAACUGGAUAUCAGGAUGUGCCGGCCAACAACGAGAAGGCCCUCUUGCAGGCCGUGGCAAACCAGCCAGUCUCGGUGGCAAUUGAGGGGGGCGGGUUUGAUUUCCAAUUCUACUCAAGCGGCGUGUUCACAGGCUCAUGUGGGACCGACAUUGACCACGCGGUCACGGCGGUCGGGUAUGGGAAGACCUCUGGCUCUGGCGGGACCAAGUAUUGGCUGAUGAAGAAUUCGUGGGGCACCGGGUGGGGAGAGAGCGGGUACAUGAGGAUCCAGAAGGAUGUGAGCUCUAAGGCUGGUCUCUGCGGUCUUGCCACGGAAGCUUCGUAUCCAACUGCAUGAAGAAAGAAGAAGAUGAAAAAAUAAAUUGUGAGUCUAUAUAUGUGAUAGUGGUUCUUGGGCUCUCUAUACGUACGAAGUGUAGUCUAGCGUCUCUCUAAAAGAAGCAAGUGUUAAGUGACAGUACGUCACUAGGGUUGGUGUGUCCUACAACAGAAACUGAAUGUUGAAACCAAAAUUAGGGGCCUCCCAACUAAACUUGUUUCUAAGUGUUCGAAUAAAUGAGUGGAAUAAGAUAAAAGAACAUAGGCC